CUGGAGCCCCACUCCGCCCGACUGGGGGAGGGAAAGGAAACCGAGAUUGGGCAGAAUCAGCGCCCCGCCACCAGCAGCCGAGCUUCGAGCUCUGACCAUGGGCAACGCGCAGGAGCGGCCGUCAGAGACAAUCGACCGCGAGCGGAAGCGCCUAGUGGAGACGCUGCAGGCGGACUCGGGGCUGCUGCUGGACGCGCUGCUGGCGCGGGGCGUGCUCACCGGGCCCGAGUAUGAGGCGUUGGAUGCACUGCCUGAUGCCGAGCGCAGGGUGCGCCGCCUGCUGCUGCUGGUGCAGAGCAAGGGCGAGGCCGCUUGCCAGGAGCUGCUGCGCUGUGCUCAGCAUACCGUGCGCGCGCCGGACCCCGCCUGGGACUGGCAGCACGUGGGCCCGGGCUACCGGGACCGUAGCUAUGACCCUCCGUGCCCAGGCCAUUGGACGCCUGAGGCACCUGGCUGGGGGACCGCAUGCCCUGGGCUGCCCGGAGCUUCAGACACCGAAGAGGCCGGGGGCCCUGAGGGCUCCGAGGCGGUGCAAUCCGGGACCCCAGAGGAGCCAGAGCCAGAGCCGGAAGCUGAGGCCUCUGAAGGGGCUGAGCCGGAGCUGGAGCCCCAGAUGGAUCCGGAACCAGAGCCGGAGGCAGAAGCAGAACCUGAGCCGGAGCCGGAGCCCGAGCCUGACUUCGAGGAGGGGGACGAGUCCGAAGAUUCCUGAAGGCCGGAGCGCUGACCGGCUGUUCCCUGCCCAAGCUGGAUAGGACCUGGGAUCCUGUCAGAGUUGGAUGGGAUGCCACGGAGGCUUGGUCCAGCCCAGUACCGCUGGAAGUGAAUAAACUCCGGAGGGUCGGGCUGGGCCUGGGCUCUCUCCA